UAAUCCGACAGGGAUUGGAUUGGACUGGAGCUGGAGCUUGAGCGCAGACAGGGGAUCGGAGGAGAGUGACAGGUUUUGCUGCACUAACUUCUGAAACACCGACAAAACUAGGUGGACGCUAGGUGUUAUAAAUAGAUAGGAGCAACAGAAAGAUAGAGUAGAAGUUGUGUAACAUGACAGACAAACUUUAGAGGUGAGUUUUUGGGGUGAGACGCUGAGGGGUUAACGGCGCGGUCCACCGACGACUCAACAUGGAUGUCCGGGGAGCAACGGUGCUGCUUUGAGAAGGAAUUAAGGCCGUUUGUGGGUUAUUUCUAGCCGAAGAUUUUUUUUUUGUGUGUGUGACGGAGCUGAGGACGGUUUUAAAUAAGCGGUUCAAGUUCAGCUGUGGAUUGUUGUAGCUAACAUUUAGCAAAGAUGUUAAAACUGUGGAGGCGAGACGUGCCACUCUCAGAGAGGCUGGGGGAGGACUCUCCGCUUGUUCCGGCACCUGGCCCCCCACCCACGGCAGCUCCGAUGGGCCCCAAUAUUUCAUGGCUUCCUGAUGCCCCUCUUCUCAGCUCGGAUCCACCUAUCUUUCUGAUGACUCCAGCGACGCAGGCUGUGUCUGGCUUCUUCGUCUGGACUGCACUAAUCCUCACCUGUCACCAGAUCUACAUGCACCUGCGUUUCUACAGCUCGCCCAGGGAGCAGCGCCAUAUCGUACGGAUCCUCUUCAUCGUUCCCAUCUAUGCCUUUGACUCCUGGCUCAGCCUACUGUUCUUCACCAAUGACCAGUACUAUGUUUACUUUGACACCGUCAGAGACUGCUAUGAAGCAUUUGUUAUUUACAACUUCCUGAGUCUGUGUUACGAAUACUUGGGAGGAGAAAGCGCCAUCAUGGCUGAGAUCAGAGGAAAACCGAUAGAGUCCAGCUGUAUGUAUGGUACCUGCUGUCUGAGGGGAAAGGCCUACUCCAUUGGCUUCUUGCGAUUUUGCAAGCAGGCCACUUUGCAAUUCUGUGUAGUCAAACCGCUCAUGGCUGUCAUCACCGUCAUCCUGCAGGCCUACGGCAAAUACAAGGAUGGAGACUUUAAUGUUGCCAGCGGUUACCUGUACGUGACCAUCAUCUACAAUAUCUCCGUCAGCUUGUCGCUGUACGCCCUCUUCCUGUUCUACUUCGCCACCAGGGAGCUGCUGAGCCCUUACAGCCCCAUGCUCAAGUUUUUCAUGGUCAAGUCGGUCAUCUUCCUCUCCUUCUGGCAGGGCAUGCUGCUGGCCAUCCUGGAGAAAUGCGGUGCCAUCCCUCAGAUCAACUCAGUGGAAGUGUCCGUCGGUGAGGGUACGGUCGCCGCCGGUUACCAGAACUUCAUCAUAUGCAUCGAGAUGUUUUUCGCGGCACUGGCUCUGCGGCACGCUUUCACAUACAGCGUGUACAAGGACAAAAGUCUCGAUUUAACAGGACCUGUUCCUACAUAUGGACAGUUUGGCCGCUGCGCCCCCAUGAAGAGCAUCUCCAGCAGCCUGAAGGAGACAAUGAACCCGGGCGACAUGGUCCAGGACGCCAUCCACAACUUCUCCCCGGCCUACCAGCAGUACACCCAGCAGUCCACGCUGGAGCAGGGGGCGCCACCGCCAGUCUCCCGCGCCCACAGUGCUGUCAGCGGCCGCGGGGACACAGAGAAAACGCUGCUGCUCAGCUCAGACGAUGAAUUUUAGAGCGGAACAAGUCAAAAGCGGGCAAAACUUGACAUCAGUCUGAUGUCAAAACAGCUGAUGGUACUCUGCUCUCUGCAGCCGAUCCCCCUCAGUGUACAAAUCAGUAGUUGCUUGUUUGCUUUUGUUUCCCCUGUUUUGCGACUGAUCAAAAAAUGCAGGGGCCGCCUUUCCCAAGGGUCACAAGUGGGAACACGGUUGAGUUGUGAGUCAUACUUUCAGAUAAUGACUCAUAGCUUUGGAACAAAAACUGAAUUUCUUUUUUUUCUCCCUCUCUCUUUUUUAUGCACAGUCCUGUUUCUCCUUCCUUGUGUUUAGCAGCGGAGCUGUAAACUUUAUAGGUGUUGCUAUUUAUUUGUUCAGAUUCACAUUCUGAUCUUUGGCAGUGUUUACCAAGGUUUCUUCUUUGGACAUGAUUCAUAAACUUGAAAGAAUAUUUAGUCAAGACAUUGACUGGUUGGUCAAAGCGCUUUAAAGCAGUUUUCAGUGUUGUGGAGGUCUUCGUAUGGGGGUGAGAGACCCUGGGCAGCAGUUGGUGAUGCAUUUAAAGGGAAAGCAUGUCAAAAACAGGAGUUAGUAAACACAACACAUGGAUCAAUGUUGUUAUUGAUAUUGCAGAGGGGGAGGCAGAGCAGCUCAUAGAUUACAGAGUGCAUCUGCGGCCGGGGCAGGAGAGCCGGUCGGGAUUACACUUGUGUAAUUGGAGCGUUAUUUGAAUGGCCGGGAUUAAAGCUUGUGUUUCACUCUGAUAGUAAGACCUCUCCAGGCCACAAUGUAGGUUAAAUGAGGAGAAAACAGAAGAGGAAUUUAGGCUAAAGCUAACUUUAGAUGCCUUUUCUCGUUACUGGAGCUUUGUCGAAGCUGGGCGUGCUGUAGUUCACGUUCAGAGGCGAACAGAAGUUUCAAUUCUACUCUUAGUUAGGUGUUGUGCUUUGAUUUUUGAAAACAGGAUAAGUUUGAAUUUGAUAAAAAAGAUCUGGCAACUAAGGCAAGGAGUGUGUGGGCAGCUGCCUGUGUGGCAGUUAUUUUUGCAGGGAUUUAAUAAAACAUUUUAGCGUGUGCCUACACAGCUGUUAAAUGACAGUACAUCAUUCUGAGUGCUGUCACAACCUUUAUGGACAUCAUGCCUCCAGCUGAAGCAUUAUUGAGCCAACCUACAACUCUUAUCUCAUCAGAUAUCAGUAUUGUGAUUAGUUUAUCUUUCUUCAGCUUGACCACAUGUGGGUCGUAGGUCGUAAACAUUGUUG